GCUGCUGCUCGUCGGCGCCAUCGGCGCCUUCUACUUCUGGCAGGGCAGCGACCAGCACGUUUAUAAUGUCCAUUAUACUAUGAGUAUUAAUGGAAAAGUACAAGAAGGAUCAAUGGAAAUAGAUACUGGAAACAACCUAGAGACCUUUAAAACUGGAAGUGGAAGUGAAGAGGCUGUAGAAGUGCAUGAUUUCCAGAUUGGCAUAACCGGAAUCCGUUUUGCUGGAGGAGAGAAAUGCUACAUUAAAGCACAAGCUAAAGCUCGUGUUCCUGAAGUGGAUACUAUGACUAAAGACAGCCUCUCAUUUGAGCUGGAAGACAAAAUCAUGCCAGUUAAAUUUGAUGAAAAUUCCCUUAUCUGGGUAGCUGUGGACCAGCCUGUAAAGGACAAAAGUUUCCUGAGCUCCAAGAUCCUAGAGCUGUGUGGAGAUCUUCCUAUUUUCUGGCUUCGACCAACAUACCCUAAAGAUAACCAAAGGGAGAAGAGAGAAAUUGAGAGAAAAAUACGUCAAGCAAAUUUUGACAUAAAUCAAAUUGAAGCCACUACAAAAGAAACAAGCACCAGGCCACCCACCAGGCAGCCACUGCAAGAGCCUGACCGCCAGUCUAAUGACACUGAGCCCAGUAGCCACGAAUCUGAUCAAAUACUUAAUCCAGAUAACCCGUAUUAUCAAUUUGAAGGUGAAGGAAUGGCUUUUGACCCAAUGCUGGACCAUCAAGGCAUAUGCUGUAGUGAAUGUAGACGAAGUUACACACAGUGCCAGAGAAUCUGUGAACCUCUCAUGGGCUUUUACCCUUGGCCUUAUAACUACCAAGGAUGCCGUACUGCCUGCCGAAUAAUUAUGCCUUGCAGAUGGUGGGUGGCCCGUAUCAUGGGUCUUGUGUGAGAUGGAGCAGUCAGAGCCUUGACCAAAAAAGCAGCAGCUUGAAAAACUGAUAAAAGACUACAGCCAAAGAAAGAAACAUUACCAAUCUUCAUUUUUAAAAACACUAAGUUUAUACUAAUGUACCAAAAUGAGGUCUGUUACUCCAUCUGUAAAUAAAUAAAACCUUAAAUUAAUAUUUGAUGAGCUUUACAAAUGCCAAGCCUAACUUGUAUUCUUCAAGUGAACUAUGUGCUAAAAGCUAUUGAAUGUGGAAUGCAAGAUGUCCCAAAACAGAUUAUACUAACUUUGCUUAUAAAUCAGUUUAGAAGCUUGCUUAUAAAUUCAAAUUUGGUAUUUCAUAACAAAUCUGUCUCUUGUGAAAUAGAUGUGAAAAUUUAUGUCCAAUUAGGUGACUAGCUAACCUUGUACAUUUGGGACUACCUUUCAACCAUGUCGCUUACUUAAAUAAAUCACCAGUUAAGUGGC